AUGUCUCGGAAAGGCCAGGCCAACAGUACCUUUAGUGUUGAUGACCGCAAUGGCGGCGUUGCGGUCGGCCCAAGCGUCAACUUACACUACUCCCGUGUCACUUACACACAACCGUCGCCAAAUUCGCCCAAGACACCGGGACACAACAAGCCGGGACCGAAGGGUUCUCAGACCGUGCACUACCAGACCCAAACGAACCCAUCACCACCAUAG